AUCAAAUUCUGCUUCAGCGUAAUAUUUUAUGUUUAAAAGCUGGCAUUAUGUGGCAUAUUUACAACUCUUAACAGAUCUUUAGGCUCUUACCUUUUUAGAGCGAGUUCUGAAAAUGCGCCGCAACAAAUACAGUAACGGAACAACUACCUAAUUACCCGAAUAUUCCUGAAAUAAACCAUGCAUUUUUCAAAGUUCUAUAAUCUAGGGUACUUUCAAACCAAUUCAAACUUUUUAGCCGGCUCUGCCGGAUUGCUAAGCAACGGACAGUUGCUAUGGUUGCAAAUAUUAUUGUGUACAGAUUGUGUCAUUGUCACUGCAGUAAAUAAAUAUUUCUAGUUUAUUAGUUUCUAGCGUAAAUUAGCAUAAAAUAAAAUGGGUGAAAGGGCUCCGGUGUCCGCUGAAGACACACUAGUUCGUUAUGACAACCCUGUAUUAGUAACUAAGCAGCCGGAGAAAGCUUCGUCACCUCGCGGAGCGACUGCAGCUCAACCGUGCGUGCCGACCGAAGCCAAACGAGAAACAGAGGAGAUCUUGAAUGCUAUCCUACCGCCCAAAGAAUGGGAAGAAGACGGCCAAAUAUGGACUCAAAAGAUAUCAUCGACUCCAGCGACCCGGCUGGACGUGAUCAAUCUUCAGGAGAUGCUGGAUACUCGCCUGCAGCAGCGACAAGCCAGGGAGACCGGCAUCUGUCCUGUGCGCAGGCAGCUUUACACGCAGUGCUUUGAUGAGCUCAUUCGUCAGGUGACGAUAAACUGUGGUGAACGAGGCCUGCUACUGCUGAGGGUGCGGGAUGAAGCUAGGAUCACGAUGGAAGCUUAUCAAACCCUCUACUGCAGUUCCAUCGCUUUUGGUAUGAGGAAAGCAUUACAGUCAGAGCAAGGCAAAUCGGACCUUAUGGACCAAGUAGCAAAGUUGGAAGCAGAACGUUCAUCGUUAGAGAAGCAGUGCAUGGAGUUGAAACAGAAGACUGAACAGUUGGAGCGUCGAGCGGCCGAGCUCAGGGCAGCCGAAGAGAAACGUCACCAGGAGGAAUUGCUCGCUUUGAAGAAGACCAAUGCCCAACUGAAGGCGCAACUGGAGGGCAUUAUCGCUCCAAAGAAAUAAAGGCAGUGUUUAAAGCAGUAUUAGUUCAAUGUGUUAGUUAUUUAUAAGAUACUUUUGUUGUUCUUAUUAGUAUGAUAACUGUUUAAAUAGUGUUUCAAUAUAUUAUUACAAUUUAUGUUUCCAGCUAUGUUUUUUAUAAUGUAACGUAGAAUGGAAAUGAAAGAAUCUGGUAAUUUUAUUAAAAUAUAUAUUAAACCAUUUAAUUGGGACAAACAUACAAUAUUUUCAUUAGUUUACAAUUCACAUAUCGCUACAGAGCCUUAGAAAUGUAUAAAGGACACACAUAAAAAACAUUCUUUCAAUCGUUACACCGAAAUUCAUCCAUUUAAAUAUGAAUCAAACGCUAAUACAAUUCCAUACAUUCAACAGCGGAAAUAUACAUUUUGAUGAGAUUAAUGACGAUA